UUUCAAUCGCUAAAUCUUUCACAAGUCAUCUCUGCAGGGUUUAAUCAGUUGUAUAUCCCAUCAGUACCCAUUCAGAUCGCAGAAUCGCCCACUAUGGCAUCAACCGCGCCCCCGCUUCUAGCAUCCCGAGUGACCCUCGCCAACGGGUUGACAAUCCCCCAGGUCCAGCUCGGCCUGUACAUGAUGUCCGGCAAGGAAGCCAAGCACUCAGUCAAAGAGGGCUUGUCACUCGGCUACCGAGGAUUCGAUUGCGCUCAAAUGUACCACAACGAGAAAGAAGCUGGACAAGCUAUCAGGGACUAUCUAGCAAGUGCCGAAAACACCCUGGGACUCAAACGCGAGGACAUAUUCUACACGUUGAAGCUUAGCAGCAACAAGACGUCGUACGAAGCCGUGCGGCGCUCAAUCAAGGGCUCUGUCGCGGCCUCGGGACUCGAGUAUAUCGAUCUUUUCUUGCUUCAUAGCCCUUAUGGUGGUAAAGAGGCUCGGUUGACAAGUUGGAAGGCGUUGGAGGAUGCGGUUGAAGAGGGCGAAGUCAAGAUGGCUGGAGUGAGCAAUUACGGCGUUGCGCAUAUCGAAGAACUAAUGGCCUCAAAUCCGCGAGUACCGCCGGUCAUCAACCAAAUUGAGGUCCACCCAUUCAACACCCAGACGGGUAUCCGAGAGACUUGCGCUAAACACAACAUCACCAUUGAAGCAUACGCUCCCCUCGCCAGAGCCAUGCGUAUGAGGCACCCCAAGAUCAUUGAGCUGGCCAAGAAGUAUUCCUGCACACCUGCUCAGGUUUUUGUCAAGUGGUCGCUCCAACAUGACUUGGUGACGCUGCCCAAGUCUACUCGUCAGGACCGGAUGAUCGAGAAUGCUAGCGUUGAUGGAUUUGAGCUAUCGGAUGAUGACAUGGCUGCAUUGGAUGCGUUGGAUGAGAGAUUGGUCACUGACUGGGACCCUACCGAAGCGCCAUAGAGAGUCAGCUUUUCUCCAGGCCCCAAGCUACGUCUCAAAUAUCUGCCGACGAUUUCGGUUGAGACGAAGCGGACGUAGAUGUU